UACACAAACAAGUCAUCCGAUAGGAACGCUUCUUCGCAGUAGUCGCGUUUUCCUCCCGAACGCGACAACUUGGACACAAACAGGGGACUCUCUGUAAACAUUUCGUUUCGACACGUCUUUGUUUUUAAUGCCAGUUUUAAAGUUAAAUUUGUGUGAACUGAACUUCAACGCUGGAGGAGGCGGUCGCCCUGCUUGAGCUGUACCUGGUUGUUAUGGUCAUUUCUUUCUCCUGGGCCGUUUAUUUUCUGUUCGUGUCCAAACCCGGAAUAGGGAAGAAUUACAGGAUUGACUGAGCGGAGCUUCUGCUGCAGGUGACUUUACUGACGGCUCUUUUGAAGAUGGUUGAGCUGAGGUAGCUAGUGGUUCCCAGUGCAGAGCUCAUAAACAUGGACUUCUCAAAGUUUCUCGCGGAUGAUUUUGAUGUGAAGGAGUGGGUGAAUGGCGCAUUUAAAGUGGCUCAGCAAGAAGCGCCCGGCAGAGCAGACGCACAUGCGGCAACUCUCGUCAUGAAGCUCCAGCUGUUUAUUCAAGAGGUUAACAACUCAAUAGAAGAGAGCAGCAUUCAGGCUCUGCAAAACAUGCCACGGGUGCUGCGAGAUAUAGAAGCUCUGAAGCAGGAGGCUUCAUUCCUAAAGGAUCAGAUGAUUAUGGUGAAGGAAGACAUCAAGAAAUUUGAACAGGACACAGUUCAGUCCAUGCAGGUGUUGGUGGAGAUUGAUCAAGUGAAGUCCAGGAUGCAGUUAGCAGCUGAAGCUCUACAGGAAGCAGAUAAAUGGAGCACUCUCAGUGCAGACAUUGAGGAAACGUUCAAGACACAGGAUGUGGCUGUGAUCAGCAGUAAGUUGGCAGCAAUGCAGAGCAGUCUGGCCAUGCUGGUGGAUACUCCAGACUACAGUGAGAAGUGCGUGCAGCUAGAGGCUCUUAAAAACAGACUGGAGGCUCUCGCCAGCCCACAGAUAGUCUCCACCUUCAACACACUCUCUACAGAUCAAGCCAAGCUAUUUGUAAGAGUUUUCACAGAAAUGGACAGAAUGCCUCAACUACUGGCUUACUACUACAAAUGCCACAAGGUGCAGCUGUUGAAUUUGUGGGAGAGUGUGUGUCAGUCGGAUGCUCCUCUCAAACAGCAGCUCUCUGAGUUCUACGACACGCUUCUCUCAACUUGGCACACACAACUACAGUGGACCAGCCAGGUCUUUAAGAACCCCUAUGAGGUGGUGACUGUACUGAUGAUCCAAACCCUUGGUGCCAUGGUUCCAUCCAUUCCAGAAACCAUUACAGCAGCACUGGACCGUUGCCCUGCAGAGAGUCGUCUAGACACCCUCCUGGAGCUCCACCAGACAGCUGCCAACUUCAGCCGCAGCCUGGAAACUGCAAUGCAGCCUCACCUCAGUGAGUGCAACCUGUUGAAGGUGGGUGAGCUGGUGUCAUCUGUCUAUUCACCAUAUAAAAGUUAUCAGAUGCAGUAUGGAGACCUUGAAGAGACAAACCUACUAAUCCAGCUUAGUGCUGUUCCACUGGAGCGUGGGGAGGUAUUGGAUUGUGUAUUGGAGCUCACACACUCUGUACAGAAGGUGUUUGGACUAGCAGCGGCUGCUGUGGAUCGCUGUGUGAAACUCACAGAUGGACUCGGAGUGUGUGGCCUCAUCAAAGCACUCCGGGCUCUGUUCAGCAAGUAUGUGUCAGAUUUCUCUGUGACUCUUCAGUCAAUCAGAAAGAAGUAUAGACUAGAGGACACGCCCACCUCUGAGGUGUUCACUGAAGAUUGGACGGCUUUCCAGAAUUCUAUCAGAAUAAUUGCUACCUGUGGGGAGCUUCUCCGACAGUGUGGUGCUUUUGAGCAGCAGCUUUCAAACAAGAUCCUAGGAAAGGCUGGUCGUUUUCUGUGGGAGGGGUUUAACCCAAGGAGCCUGAGUGGUUUGCAAGAGGGUGGGGCUGAGAGGAGGGGCCAGAAGAACCCAUGGCAGGAAUAUAAUUACCUACAGCAGAGCAGCACAGCAGAUUAUAAUAAUUUGCUGGAAACCCUCCACACCCUCAAGGAGAAAGGCACUGGAAACUCCAGCCUGCUGUCUGAGACUCGUGCCGCUCUGACCCGUCUGAACCAGCAGGCAAAUCAGCUUGCGUUCGACUCAGUGUUUCUGCAAAUCAAACACCAGCUCUGCCUCAUCAGUAAGCCAGAGGGUUGGAGUUCUGCUGGUCUGGGCGAAACACUCACUGAAAACCUACCGACAUUCAGCCUCUCGCCGCAGGAGUGCAUUACUAAUAUUGGGCAGUAUAUCAUGUCUCUGCCCCUGCAUUUGGAACCAUUUGUCACUCAGGAGGAUCCAGCACUGGAGCUGGCCUUACACACAGGAAAACUACCUUAUCCACCAGAGCAAGGUGAUGAUGUCCCAGAGUUGGAGAACACUGCGGAUUAUUGGCUGGGUUCUAUUGCCAGGGCAACCAUGCAGACAUAUUGUGAUGUCAUUCUGCAGAUUCCAGAACUGAGUCCCCGUGCAGCUAAACAGCUGGUGACCGACAUCGAUUAUCUGAGCAAUGUGAUGGACGCAUUGGGCCUGCAAACUUCUAGAACUCUCCAGAACAUAACUACUCUCCUCCGCGCCAAACCUGAGGAAUUCCGCCAGACUGCCAAACCUUUGCCCCGCAGACUCUCCUCCACCAUCGCUGCCAUGCGGGGCAUUGAAUACUAAAAGAUAGAUGGAGACUAAAACAGUUUUUCCUUUUUUCUUGUCAAAGCAGUGGCCACUGCAUGCUUUACCAACAAGCUCUUAAUAUUACAGAAAUGUCAGUUGAUACAUAAAAUUUAUAAACUGUUAAAUAAAUGUCAAUAAGGGACACUUUAUAAGUGUCUGGGGAGAAAUAAACGUGGAAUUUCUUUUUGAUUGUGUACAUCAGUGGUCACCAGCUUUGUUCCAAGAGUGCCUUCCUGUAGAGUCUAGUUCCAACCACAGUCUGCCACACCUGUUCCAGCUAAUAAACUCCCUCAGAAGUUCUUCAUUGGUUCGAUCAGAUGCUUUUGUGUUAAGGAAGGGAAGGGAAGCAUGUUAAAUGCAGGUUGGAACUAAACUUUGCAGGAAAGCAGAUAUUCAGGAACAGGAUUAGUGACCAUGGUGUACAAGAACCUGAGGUGUGAGCUGUAGUGUUUUUUUUUAAUGAGGUGCACUUAUUGAUUUCUGCAGUGUAGAGCAAGGUCUCUGUGGUUUGGGAACACUAGUUUUACUUUCUCUGUCUAUCUGCUCUGCUGUUUCUAUGGUUCUUUUUUUCAUAUUUAUGAACUAAAUAAACAAACAUACCCACAAA